AGUAUUCUUCCCCUCUUACUCCUCUCACGGUGCAAAUUCGCAAUGGAAUUGAGCGUAAUAAACAGCUGGUGUCUCAUGGUCUAAUGGAUAAUUUGCAAUUAUGGAGAGUUUUCUAAAGGCUGAAACCUCGCGUCUGAGUUGCUCUUCAUCAGUGCUUCAGUGGAUGAUGGCUGGCCCUCGUCCUGUGCAGCUGAGUCUUCGUAACAUUCCCGUGGAUUGCUGAUUUUGACCCCAUAGCUACAAAAUAUCAUCAAAAUGCUGUACGUUUUCCAUGUGGAGACGGGCUCAAUGAUGACCUACGACAUGAACCUCGCUCUCGAGAGCGUUGCUCAUUUGAAGGGAGUUAUCGGGAGGAUGUGCAGCAUCCCUCCCGAUAAGCAGGUGCUUCUGGUCAGCGGAGGGGAGAGCCUGGACUCGAACAAUAGGGUGUGCCAGUAUUCAGCAGCGGGCACGGACACAAAUCCAAUUUUCCUGUUCAGUAAAUGCACCAUCGAGAGCACGACGCCUCUUACCCCAAGCGUCAACUAUGGGUCUGUAGACGUCGACAUGAACGAAGAGACGAAAUACGCUAUUGCCAUGCAGCCCUCGUAUGAUACCGUCUUGCAGAGAACCAAGCUGGCUAAGAAAUUCUUUGAAUUGGCCAAGGAGCAGACCAAAGUGUGCGAGCAGCUAGUACAUGAUCAACAUCUGCAACAACAAGGUUGGGCUGCAGUAGUAGCAAAUCUGGAAGACACCACCAAGGCAUUCGAGAUCAAGGCUGAGUUAUUUGAGCAGCAUUUCAAUCAGUUUCUCCAGAACCGUGAAGAACACUACAACCUUCUUCAAAACUUCCGAGGGGAUUUGGAAAUCCUCAGUCAGAUUCCGGUACUGCCCGCCCUUCUCUUAAACAAUGAGAACAUAGACAGCUCGCAAGCAGAAGCUACCACUCUCUUGGAGUGGAUUACGUCGACAGACAGACAAAGCAACAUGGACCAAGCAGUAGAUUCGUGCUUCUCAAGACUGGAACAAUUAAACGAGACCACCAUGCAAGCCUUAAAGAAAAAUAUUGAAACUGCAAUCGAAACAGCUUCAAACACAAGCAUGAAGGAAAUCAAAGGCUUGGAGGAGCGACUCUCUGGCCUAGAAAAUAUAAUGGUUUCUAACAAGAGGUAUGUGCAGGAGCAAGAGGAGCACUCAAUUGGUUUGAAUCAAAACCUGCAAAGAUUGAACAAACUGGGGGACGAGACGAUUUUGCCUGAUCUCUGUCAAACGCACAGCCGCCACCUAAGUGUGAUGCUGAAAAAUCAUCAGCAAAUGAGGGAUAUCUUGAAGCGGUGCACAAAAGCAAAGGAGGAGCUUUCACUUAACCUACUGCACCGGCUAAAGUGGGUGGUGUUUGUGCAAAACAACAUCAGCGACGUGUCGCACAAACUGCUUAUCUACCACGAGGGUUUAAAGGCCCUGAAAAACAGGCUGGACAUCUUCCAGCAAGUUCACCUUUCGCCUGACAUCUACCUGAAUGCAGUUGGCGAGGUCGUGAGGCGAAGAGCCUUUUCAAAAGCGUUUUUAAAAUGGGCACAUGACCUGUCUGCCCAGUCUGAUGACAUUUACAAGGAAGAGAUAAGCCGUCGUAAAGCCUUUCAUGAUCAAUUCGAAAACCAUUUUCUCCGCAACCUGUUUCCCGGCUUGAACGAUGAGCCACCGCCUUUUGCCGCGCAGCCGCCAAAUGUUUUCGACAAUUAUUUACCAGAACUUACCUGCGAAGACAUCAAGCUUUUGAAGCAGCAACUGCCAGAAAUGGCCUCGGCAAUUCCAGAGUACACCGAGUCUUCUUUCAAUUUCAUGUUUUCUCCCAAUCUGCUAAGAAGCACAGCUACAGAACAGAACGGUUUGACGCCAUCGCAAGACGCGGCCGACUCCUCAAUUGGCGCUCUGCUGCAGCCUACCAGCUCAGCCGGCCACGAUCUCAGUCCGCAGCCGAGCAUCGACGUGCCGUCGCUGCCAAAGGAGGAUCGCGGCUUCGAGUCUGAAACGGACACGGAGGAGUUUGAAAAGGUCGGCCAGAGCCCUGUUGACCCGAAUCUGCCGCUGGAGAACCCGCCGUGCCUAAUCCAGACGUCGGACAAGUCGUCUUCGCAGCAGAGCUCGACGCCCAGCGUGCAGCCCGAGAAGGAGGAAAAUCUUGGCAGCGUGAGCUCUCAAGAAAGCCUCACCAUGAGCACCAUGAAGAAAAUAACAAACCUGGCGAUGACUCAAGCCAAGCAGUGGAGGGAUGAACUGAAAACUCUAAGUUUGUGCAUGGCUGAGAAUUCAAAAGACAUGGGUAAGAGCCUCGAAGAUUGUAGGAGAGAGAUCCUGGAGAGGGUCAUUCUUCUUCAGCAACGGCACGAGGAGACAAUCGCUGAUUUGAAAAAGAUGCUGCAUGAACGAGAGCAAAAUCUGGCAAUGGCCAAGGAGGAACUCGACAGGGUGGAGACCAAAGAAGGCGUUCUCAUGGCCGAAUUGCAAGCUAAACAAACUCAGGCGUUGGAGGAAUUAAGUUCAAAAAUGAGGUGCGAAGCGGAAUUGGAGCUUGCUCGCCAGGUGACUGAACUGCAGGCCGAGGCGCAAACCAGGUUGGAGCAAACCCUGAACAACGCUGAAGCUGAGAGAAAGGCGGCUAUCAAGGAGGUAACAGACCGGCUCAACCGCGAGCACCGCCUGGAGCUGGAGGGUCUCAGGUCACGCUUCAAGAUGGUCCACGCUUCGCAGAUGGAGAGAAGCCCGUCGGACACAAGUCUGGAGAAAAUCGAGAGAGGCGAUCUGAUCGAGCUGGCUGCACACGAAGCGGCGCUGACAGCCCUGCGGCAGGAGAUGAGCCGCGAGCAGGAGCUGGCCGUGCAGGAGGGCGAGGCGCGCGAGCGGAAGCGGCUGCAGGCCGAGCUGGACCGAGAGCGUGCGCACCAGAUGCGCUCCGAGGCGGCAAAGCAGGUAUCCUUCAACGAGGCCCUGCGCAGGGUAGCCGCCGACAAGGACCGCCAGUUGGAAAACCUGCGCCAGGAGCGUGACCAACUGGCCCACGCGGUGGCCGGGCUCAAGGACGAGCUGGCGCGGGCCGAGCGCGAGAAGCGCGAGCUGCAAGAGAUGCUGCGGCGCACCCAGCUGCAACAGCACCGCCGCACUUCCAGGGUCAACAGGCACGUUAGCUCGGACAGCAUGUCCGCAUCCUCUGUCGCUGUUGUACCGGAGUCGAGUGUGCACGGUCGAGGGGAUAUUGGCCAGACAACCAGCCCCGAGACGUCGAGGCGAAGGCUGCAAGACGACUCCCGACUCCGGGAGCGACUGAGUCGAAGCACAAAUGCCAUGAUCCAGGAAGGCCUCUUGCGAGUUGGAUCGUGCAACACGGGUGACAUUGUGCUGGUGCUGUGGGACGAGGAGCUCAACAACUACAUCAUUCUGCAAGACAGCUCCACUCUGUACUUCCUUCAUUCUGAUUGCAUCGAACUUUUGGGCCUCAGCACCUCCUCCACAGACGUGGCGCCAAGGAAAAUGUACAGCAUUGCCCAGGUUGUCAAGAAGGAGUAUUGCUUCGCCAGAAAGGCGGAGAAUCGGUUUGGCGUGCCGAAGGAUACAAGGUUCUACCGCGUGAUGGUGCAGUCGUUGCAGCGCGGCGAGUUUUCGGCGGGCUCGUCGCACCACCAGCGGGGCAGCAGCCCGCGGCACGGAGGAGCCAGCGCCAUGAGCAGCAGUCAGCAGUUCAGCCGUGCCGAACUGGAGACGUCGCGCUUCGGGCCUGGCAACUCGAGUACUCUGUGAUCACAAUCAAUCAGGUUAGGUAGAGAGGACAAGACGCUUCGGCGGGACUUAAAAACGGACGGAACGAUCGCUCGGAAACAGAAAAUUAUGCGAUAGAUCUCUGAGACUUUUUAAAUCGAUAAUUUAAACCGCUUGGCGCUCUAUUUGUCUUGUUGCUGACGGUAUUUUUGCAAACUCUUAAAGUACGGCACAAAGAAGUUUCAUAAAAAAAAAUGUAAUCGCGCGCGUACGCCACUGCUUGACCACUUUUGCUACGCCAGGGAAAUGAUAAUUUCCUCUCGUAACAAUGCCUUAAUUGUUACUCAAUCGUUCGCCCCUACUUCUGCCAUACACAAAUAUCAGGUGAUAAUUGUUCCAUAACAUAUAUAAUUUGUAAAUUGAAAAUUGAUGAUAUCUUAGGUUUUAAUUUACACGACGAGUGAUAUUCUUUUUAGUUAGCAAUUUAACAUGGUUUUGUUGAAUUUACUGACUGCGAGUGUGGAUGUAUCUUUUUUAUGUGAGAGUAACGCUUCUUUUGUACAUUACUUAAGCUUAUUGUUAGUCGUAUUGUUAGAACUUAUCCAGUGCGUUUCGCGAUUGAGAGGUUUGCUUGAAUGUGACACGAGUUUUUCUUCCACUGCAGACAUAUUCAACGAGAAAAUGCACUAUCAAUGAUGUGAAAUCAUUAGCGAGAAAUUUUCUCCAAUUGAAAUAAAUUUUUUGUUAAUCAAGAGUA